CUGAUGAGAAGCACAUGACUGAAGCCCUAACAAAGCCUUCUCAGACGCUCCUUGCUCGCUGAAACUGAACCUCUCAGCGGAGUCUUUCCGUCGGUGGGGGUGUUUUUUUCCUUCAGAGGAGGGUGAUGCUGCUCGUCGCUCUCUGGGAAUGUACUGACUGAGGAUCCAACUCUCAGGCUUCCAGCUGGACGCUGCUCUGCUCGCUGCGUGGGGUUUAAACCGGGACGAAAACACACCUGGCGGCUCAGCUGCUGUUUAACUAACCAGCGUUCUAACUAAACCAUGAGGGUCUUCAUCCUGCUUUGCCUGCUGGCGCUGGGCAACGCCAAACCCUACCAGCCAAUCAAUGUCAUGGACUUCAUGAAAAACUAUGACAUCAUGAUGGCGGAUGAUGAUGAUGACGACGACGAUGAUGAUGAUGAUGACGACGAUUAUGACGAUGAUGACGACUGCCCAGCUAACUGUCGCUGUUCACCCAGAGUGGUGCAGUGCUCCGACCAGGGUCUGAUUUCGAUUCCUGAGAAGAUUCCUGAAGACACUGUGAUGAUGGAUCUCCAAAACAACGACAUCACUGAAAUCAAGGAGGACGACUUCAAAGGCCUAAACAAGCUUUAUGGCCUGUUUCUGAUCAACAACAAGAUCUCCAAGAUUCACCCGAAGGCCUUCAGAAACAUGGACCAUCUCAAACUGCUGUAUCUCUCCUACAACCUGCUGACUGAAAUCCCAGCCAACCUGCCGCCCAACGUCAUCGAGUUGCGAUUCCACGAAAACAAGAUUAACAGAAUCCAGAAGGACGCAUUUAAAGGCUUGAGGAAACUCCAUGUGUUGGAGCUGGGCGCCAACCCUCUGGCCAACAGCGGGAUCGAGAUCGGAGCUUUUAACGGCUUGUCAACGCUGUAUAUCGGCAUCGCGGAGGCCAAACUCACCGCCGUGCCAAAAGACCUGCCGGCCUCCAUCACUGAACUGAGCCUCGACUACAACAAGAUCGCCAAGGUGGAAGUAGAAGACUUCAUCAGAUACAAAAACCUGCAGAGGCUGGGACUCGGGUUCAAUCAGGUCAAGUACGUAGAAAACGGAAGCCUUGCCAGCAUCCCGAGCGUUCGAGAGAUUCACCUGGACAACAACCGACUGAGGAAGGUUCCUCCAGGACUCAACUCUCUGCGCUACCUGCAGGUGAUUUUCCUCCACGGCAACAAGAUUGGCAGUGUCGGCGUGAACGACUUCUGCCCCAUGAGGCCGAGCGACAAAAAGAACCUCUACACCGGCAUCAGCCUGUUCGCCAACCCGGUCAAAUACUGGGACAUCCAGCCGGCCACCUUCCGCUGCGUGACCGGACGGAGGGGCGUCCAGCUCGGGAACUUCAGGAAGUAGCGGCAGGAAGUGAGAAAACCGCUAAAUGUCCUGGAGAUGUUGUCAGGAAGGAGAAGCUGGAGAUGAUUGUGAUAGAUAAGACAAGAUGAAACCGUUUCCCUGAAGGAAGCUGUUGACGAAACGAGCUCUCUUUAUGUUAGAACCUUUAGUCCAUGGUGUUGGUGUAGAGAUGUUCUGUUGGGGGAACUAGAGUAAGAAAAGCUAUGAGGAGACGUUUCCAGAAGCACGGUGGACAGAAGAUCAUUAGAAUAAAAACAGGAACUCUUAUCCCCACCUUUAAGGGGAUUGUUGCCUUCAGCCCCUCAACCUUUAUGGUGUAAACUCGCCCAGGAAUAAAGCGCCUCCUGCUGGUCGCUUUCUGCAAAAACCACUCAAUGGUUCAACCCCAACAUCCACCUGAAGCUCGAAAAACUUCACAAAACAUGUUUCCAAAGCUGCCAUUAAUGGCUAUUUAACAAAUUAGUUCAUUAUUUUCCUCCAAAAAAGCAAAAAGAGCAUUUAAUUUAAGUUGAAGUUACUGUGACAAACUAUAUUUCAGUGUCUCAAGCAGCAAAAUAUGCAAUGAGAAAGAGGUUUACGUAUUAAAAACUGUAGUUAAACUGCAAACAUGAUCCAACAAUCACAGAGAAAAAGCAUGUUAUAAAAAACAUACAUCGAUUAAAAAAAUAUAUAUCGAUGUCAAUGUAUUUUAGCAUUAAAAUCAUCAAUUUUGUCCAUUAAUUACGUCAGCUUGACAUUUUGUCUACUAUUGUACAUGGUAAAGUGGAACAUUGUACUAUUGUUUUGCAGAUUUAACAAUUUCACAGAUGAUAACUAACUGAAAAAACAUUAAUUUACAUAAUGACUGAGGAAAAAAUUGUAUAAAUGUCCACAACAAAAAUCUGAUUUUUUCUAAAUACUGUUUUACUGUAUUUAAAUCAGCAAAACUUAGUUAUUUUACAGAUUUUUGUCAUUAUUGCUGCUGUUUUGUACAGUUUUUGAAUUUUACAUUUGCUUUUUAACAGUUUUUCUGAUACAUUCUGGCAUCAGUUUAUAUUGACAUGUAAGCUUUUUUUUCUUGUAACAUUGGGGUUAGUUCUUCCUUCCACGAUUCUUUAUUUAACAUUUUUUCCCCCUGAUUACCCCAUGUUUAAAGUCUAUGAGCCGAACCAAUACUGGAUUUUUGUAGCAGACACCAGUUUAAAGAGUAAAAAAAUCCUGUAUUGAUUUAUCAGCCAAUAUUUGCAGACUUGCAGAAAAUUUUAGAGGCUCAAAAUAUCAGCGAGAGCUCCGAAGUUUCAGAGUCUGACUGUGGACGCUGGGAUUGGACCAAUGACUAGACUCGAGUGGUUUUGGGUCAUUGUGGGUCAAUUCAGACAGAAUUCAGGAGAUAUGUUGUUCCACCAUCUCCGAUUUUGUUCAUAAGUUUAUUUAUCUGUUGUUUUGGACCAAGAACUAGGUUCUGUUCAAUAUUUUUGGCAGAAUUUUGAGGAUUUCAUGUUUUCAGAAUUGCAAGUUUUUGUAUUUUCAGCCUCAAAAAAACACCUGUUAAGUAAUUUUAAGGGUUGAAUAUGUGCAGAAAUUAAACUACUACUGUCAUGAAAUUUGGUAACAGCACAAACAAAACAGUUCCCAGCAGAUGGAUCCAUAUUUUCUACUAAAACUACAGAAUCUAUUGGACAUUUCACCAACUUUUGAGACACUAAUGUCAGUAGAAGUUGAUGUGCGUCAACACCAGUUUUUGUGGUGCUAUGAAAGACUCCAUGCCACCAUUCUGGUCUGUCAAAAUAUCAAAAAACUAAACUAAACUUGCCAUUCUUCACACAAAGCAAAUCCUACUGAUGUCAAUGUGCUCAAAAGUUGACAACUAAAGUCAACUAAAGUCAGUAUCUUUAGUAGGAAAUAUGGAUCCAUCCAUAAAUACAUACUUUCUGGGGCCACAAUCCCACCUUCAUUUGAAUUUUGGACUUUCUGUCCAUUUCCAAAGGCCAAUAAUUAAAGGUUUGUCUUCUGAUGGAGCCAAUCUAAUCUACUAGAAACUAUUCUGUGUCCUCACCAAAUUUCAUUGCUGUAGGCAUUUUAUUUCUGGAGAUUAAGUCUUUAAAUGGCUUCACAGGUACUUUUUGAAGGUGGAAAUGGAGAAAUGUCCAGUUCUAUUACUAUUAAAUUCUCAAAAUGCAAUCAAAAUGCUCAACAGAAUUUAGCUUUGGGGCCCAAACAACAAAAAAGCAAACUCUGAACUAAACAUUGGACCAACGGCGCUAUCUGAAAUGACCCAGACUGACCUUUUUGCAUGGCGACCAUUUCUAUCAAAAGAUUAAUUUUCUUUCUUUUCUAGUUUUAAAUAACGUUUAAUGACAUGUAGUCGAGUAGAAAACUUCUUCCAGUGUGUCUUUGUAGUAUUUAUAAACAACAAAGAACACAAACUUCUCGUAGUAUUUCCUCGUGUAUUAUAUCGACGCCUGUUUUAAGUCUAGAGUCACUACAAACCAAAGCUGUAGCGUAACAGCAGCUUAAAUCUGAAGACGGUUUUCCUUCCAGCAGAAGUCUGUACAGUUAAUGAAUGAUGUUGGCAUUAUUUAGUGCAAUACGUCACUGAGCGGAUGUUUGUAUAUUAUCUCACUGCAUGUCUGUGUCACCGUUUAUUUAGGAGCUGAAAGUCCGACUGGAUCAAAAGCUGUUAUUGAUGUAGAAGCGUCCUCUGCAGGGCCCGGGGUGGACCGGUUAUCUUUAUGCUAAACGUCCCAUUUUUAUAAACUAUAGCAUCCAAAUGAAGUCAGUAAUCAGGCUGAGCAGGUGUAAAUCCCAAAUAUCUGUAACGUCUGAGAGAAUCUUCUGCUCCAACAGGUUUCCUCCAGUGUCCUCUCCUCUGAAUGGUGCUAUAUUUAUUGAGGAUGUCUUUAAAUAAAACUGGAACACCUACA